ACACAACGUCACAUCCGCUUUCUCGAUGCCGAAGUGAUCGUUACAGAGUAAUGGCGGCAUGCCGGGGCUCUUCGUCGAAAUUGUAUUUCACCCGGGAGCAACUGGAAAACACGCCGUCCCGCCGCUGUGGAGUAGAACCGGACCGGGAACUCUCCUACCGACAACAAGCGGCGAACCUGAUCCAGGAUAUGGGUCAAAGGCUCAACGUCUCACAAUUAACAAUAAACACAGCUAUAGUUUACAUGCAUAGGUUUUAUAUGCAACAUUCAUUCACCAAAUUCCACAGGAAUAUAAUAUCGCCCACAACCUUGUUUUUGGCUGCAAAGGUGGAAGAACAACCCCGUAAGCUUGAACAUGUGAUAAAAGUUGCACAUGCUUGCCUAAAUCCGCAGGAGCCACCUCUAGACACAAAAAGUAAUGCAUACCUCCAGCAAGCUCAAGAGCUGGUGAUACUUGAAUCCAUAGUGCUGCAGACCCUGGGCUUUGAAAUUACUAUUGAUCACCCACACACUGAUGUGGUGAAAUGUACCCAGCUAGUGCGAGCAAGCAAGGAUCUGGCUCAGACUUCCUAUUUCAUGGCUACCAACAGUCUUCACCUCACUACCUUCUGCCUCCAGUACAAGCCCACGGUGAUUGCUUGUGUGUGCAUACAUUUGGCAUGCAAGUGGUCCAACUGGGAGAUUCCAGUUUCUACUGAUGGGAAACAUUGGUGGGAGUAUGUGGACAGCUCUGUCACUCUGGAGCUGCUUGACGAGCUGACCCAUGAGUUUCUGCAGAUUCUAGAGAAGACUCCAAGCAGACUAAAGAGGAUACGAAAUUGGCGGGCAACACAAGCUGCCAAAAAGCCCAAGGGUGAUUCCACACAGUCAACAGACAACUCAUUUGUUGGACCUUCGAUGCUUCAGGAUCACGGUGACGUCUCACUUUCUGAAGCCUCUUCGUCCAACCUAACUUUAUCCAAAGCAGGCUUCUCCGUGCCCAUGCCUGGCCAUUCCAGGGGAGUCCCCUUUUCUCUGGACACCAUCACUGCCACAUACAACCCUGCUAGCCAUAACGAAUGGUCUCAGGGUAACCAGAGCCAAGCCGGGUACCCUUCCACUUGUGUAAAACAGGAACCUCUCAGCAUCCCUGUCCAAGAAUCCAUGUUUACGUUGCAGGCUUCCACUUCCUCUCUGCUUCAGCAUCCACCGCCUUACAGAACUGAUAAAACGGUAGAUUUAAAUGUUGUCAAACAAGAGCAGAAAGAAGCUGCUGGAAGUGGGCAGAGCAAGCACCCUUCAGCACCUCAGUCUGCCUACUCUCUGCCAGUUCAACUUCCUCAACCACAACCUUUAAUUCAGAAGCUGACUUUAGACAAAUAUCGAGAGAAACACACCGCUGAGCUGACUGUCCCUGUUCAUAAGCGAAGACAAGAACUACAUGGAGGACUCAUGGACUGUGACUUGAAAGGGGAUUUGACAUCUUCCACCUAUGUACCUUCCAGCAUUAGCCAAGUAGAUCAUAGAAAGCAUGUGCAGCCCCACCAAAGCUCUCAUGUUGGCAAUAUCACAGCUUCCCCAAUGAAAAUGAAAGCUCCUUCCUCUUCAGCCUCGGGACAAGAUUGGCGCCAUCAUAGUGACAAACGGGACAAGGCUGCUCUCAAAGUUCGUCUCGCUGUUCCUGGGUCCAGUGGCGCUUCCCAACCAGAGAAAAGCGGACAACCCGGCAAAGAUGAGCACAAGAUGAGGAUAAAAGUGUCAUCCGAGCGCCACAGCUCAUCAGAUGAAGGCAUGACCGCCAACAACAACAAGACUAAACAUUCCAGCAUGUUGGUGAGCAAGGAGAAGCAUGGUGGAGCGGAGUACAACCUCCACCGCCCCCACAAACACAGUGGCAUUGGUCGAGGAGGUUCUGAGGGCUCGGGGGGAGCUGUGGGUCUGCUGUGCGGUCCUCCGGGUUUGGUCCCCAUGGAAGGAACGACGCUUAGUCAUCCUGUUUCCACUUCUCUGACGUCGUCGUCACGCAGAAGAGCGUACCCCGAGGGCAGCUAUAACCACCACCUUUCAUCCUCGUCUUCGAGCUCUUGCUCUAAAGUGAGCAAAAUCUCCAAAGGUGCUGCUGGUGCUGCAGGUGGGCUGCGGGCCUCUCAGCAGUUUCCUCCUCCUCCUCCUAACGAAUCGCCACAUGAAGUGGGAGAGCAGAGACACUGAGUCCAGCACUCUGCAUGUGUCCAGCACAAGGAAAUGGCAAGAAACUACCCACAGUUCAGAAUUUAAGGACUAUGCUCUCCUUCUUGUCAAGUGCCCUAAGAAAAAUAACUUUGUGCUGAUAAACCCUUUACUGAGAAGCAGAAAACCCCCUCUGCCAAAAAAAUAAAAAGUAUUGUUGGACUUCUCAACUCCUGAGAGACAAGCUAGAUGAAUACUUAUGCUUCCUGUCUCACUUUAGGGCUGUGAUGUCCAGUCCUGUGUGUUAGUGUCGAAUUGCUGCUUGAUUAUCCUUUUCUCCUCAAAUGGGUCGAAGAAUGUGCAAAAACGGAUGAUGGGGAAGUGUUGAGUGCAUCUCCAUGACGGAAAGUCCCUUUUUCAAUAUGUAAAACCUCAAUAUGGGAAAAUAAUUUUUACAAGUUCUAUAAAAGCAUGGAAGAUGCACUUUUUUCAUUUUUUUUUUUUGUUACUAAUUUAAAUAAAUCACCUGUGUGAUUGUAUGGAAGAAGUUUUGCAAGCAGGAGAUGUGUUCAUUUGAUUGCUGACGUUUGAAUCCUGUUGGAUGGAUGCAAAGUGUUCUUUGUAAAAUUUCAUCUCCUUUGUUUUUUGUUUUGUUUUGGUUUCUUUUUACACUAAAAUACUGUGCAUUUGAUUUGCAUGUUUCAGUCAUGAAAGGGAUUUAAAAAAAAGAGUACUGUUGCUGUUUACAAAUAAUGGAGAUAAAUGUACAUACAUUUUUGUAUGUUUAAAGAAAAAAGCUAUUCCAUGACUACUCAGGUUUGGAGCUGCUUGUAAUUAUAACAAAAUAACUAUA